AUGACAGCAACAGUCCCGAGAAAUUUCAGGCUCCUGGAGGAGCUGGAGAAGGGCGAGAAAGGACUGGGCGCAGAGGCCUGCUCCUAUGGUCUUGCCGAUGGCGAAGAUAUGAUGAUGAGCAACUGGAAUGGCACUAUCCUCGGCCCACCCCACAGCGUGCACGAAAACCGGAUAUAUAGUGUUAACAUUCAUUGUGGACCCGACUAUCCCGACAACCCCCCGAGCAUCCAGUUUGUCUCACGAGUCAAUCUUCCGUGCGUGGACCAACAGUCAGGAAAGGUGGACCCAACGAAGCUUCCGUGCCUUGCCCAGUGGAAGCGGGAAUAUAACAUGGAGAUUCUUCUGAUCGAGAUUAGACGAUACAUGGCUCUGCCCCAACACAAGAAGCUGCCGCAGCCCGCGGAAGGCUCGAAUUUCUGA